AUGGUUUCCUCCAAGCAAUUCUCAAUCCUUUCUGUCUUCCUGGCCGCCUUCGCCCAGUCGGCUCUGGGUGCUCCAUUGCCUUCCGGUGACGUUGCGCUCCGAUCUGAAGCCGACGGCGACCUUGCUCUUCGACUUGCCAUUCGGGACCUCCUGGAAGAUGUCAGCCUCGACGAUCGUGAUCUCGAGUCUCAGCUUUCCGAGUUGAUGGCUCGGGACCCAACAAGGCCCAAGCCCAAGCGCAAGGGCGCGACUGUUGUAGGCGUAUCAGGAGGCAGCAGCCAGCCUGCCACGUCAAUUACCGGCGGACCGAUCGUUGCGGAGCCUAGACCAAUUGAUGCGAGUGCUUUUGAUAAAAAAGGCAAAGGCUCUAAGAAGAGCAGCAAGAGCAAGAGAGCCCCGACUGAUCGCCCAAAGCCCAAGCGCAAGGGCGCGACUGUUGUCGGGGUAUCAGGAGGCAGCAGCCAGCCUGCUACGUCAAUUACCGGCGGACCGAUCGUUGCGGAGCCUAGACCAAUUGACGCGAGUGCUUUCGACAAAAAGAAGAGCGGCAACAAGGGCUCCAAGAAGAGCAAGAGAGCUCCUACUGAUCGCCCAAAGCCUAAGCGCAAGGGCGCGACUGUUGUAGGCGUAUCAGGAGGCAGCAGCCAGCCUGCUACGUCAAUUACCGGCGGACCGAUCGUUGCGGAGCCUAGACCAAUUGACGCGAGUGCUUUCGACAAAAAGAAGAGCAACAGCAAGGGCUCUAAGAAGAGCAAGCGAGCUCCUACUGAUCGCCCAAAGCCCAAGCGCAAGGGCGCGACUGUUAUUGCAGUAUCGGGAGGCAGCAGUCAGCCUGCUACGUCAAUUACUGGCGGGCCAAUCGUCGCCGAGCCUAGACCAAUUGAUGCGAGUGCUUUUGACAAAGGCUCCAAGAAGAGCAGCAGCAAGGGUUCUAAGAAGAGCAAGCGAUGGCUCUUGUAG